AUGGCAGACACUAGCUCUUCAAAACCUCAUUCCCCCAAACAGCCUUCGGAAUUUAGAAAGAAGGAUGGAACAUAUUCUAAGAUGCGUUCCCAUGCAGGCAACAUCCCAGUACUACCGCAAACGAAGCUCUGUCCGUUUUGUCCUGCAAAGUUCACUCGCACGACACACCUGAACAGACAUCUGCGUAAUCAUACAAACGAAAGAGUUCACAAAUGCGACCUAUGCGAGGCCCAAUUCACGCGUAGCGACCUGCUUUCGAGACACAGAAAAGGCUGUAAUCAAACUUCUAACGUCCGACGCAAAUCUUGUGUUUCGUGUGCCGAAUCUAAAGUCAAGUGCGAUCGUGAACUUCCUUGCUCGAAAUGCUCUUCGAGAGGAAUAGAAUGCGUUUAUGCUGCGGUAACCAAGAAGGUUCAUCGAAUCCACCAAUUAGCUACGACCGAUUUUCCGGAAGCAACACACUCGAAAUUUUCACUAUCCCCGGUUUUCGGUAACACCUCCUCUACCAUUCCUAACGAUCCUUCGGAUUUUAGUCUGGCUCCGACUACAACAGAUAUUACCAAAUCUUCCCGUGAUUCCACCUCCGUAACAUCGACCGAGACAUCAUCUCAUAUUCCAAUCAACAGUCAUUUGGUGUCUUUGUAUAAUUGCGACGUGUUUGAGCCUUUUUUUAGCGAUGUAUUUUCUACUACUGUCGAUAACUCGCUACAAACCCCCAUCGGCCGGGGCAAUAAGGAAUACGUUUGGAUAAAUUUCGAUCCUGGACAAAACAAUGUGUCACAAAAGGAUACUCCUACAACUACAACUUCCUCUGCAUCUCUACGUUCCGCUAUCAGCGACGCGACUACAGAAACAGCAAUGGGAUCGUUGCUUGAGCAAGAAGAUAACGAAAAACGCCAUUAUUUGCAUCUCUUUUACAGUGGUUUUGUGGAGCAGGUACCUGUAGUGCACGCUCCCUCAUUCAGCCCAGAAGGCAAACCACCAUUCUUAAUCAAUGCCAUGCAAGCAUGUGGUGCAAUCUUCGUGAAGUCGAAAACAGCCGCAGCAUUCAUUGCAACGACGUUGAAAUCUUCGCGGAAAGUCUUAUCUGAAGAACUGUCUAGAGAUCUGUUGACGAUCGAGGAACAGCUCAAUCUGAUCUUAACAGUGGUUUUGCUACACACGUUGGGCAUGUAUCACGAAGACGCUGAGGAGCGUGCUGCUUCUAGCUUAUACCACGGCAUGUUGAUUACCAUGAUCAGAGGUGCUGACUUCAUCUCUCAUGUUGCUACUUGGUCUGCCGAUGAAGACAAUCACUUAUCGCUGGAAGAACAUUGGCGGCAUUGGGCAUGGCAUGAGAUGUCAAAACGCACCCUCCUGCUGUCCUAUCUUCAAGAUGCCUCUCAGUCCAUAUAUUUUACUGUGCCGUCUUCGUAUCACAUUGCAGAAUUAAAUUUCAACCUCCCUUGCGAUGACAAGCUUUGGCGCGCUCAAUCGGCGUCUGAAUGGUGGUCAGAACUACAUCGAGGGUCUCCAUACGGAGAUGCUCAUGACCGGCUGAAUUGUCCAACCCUACCAAGUUUGUUACAGUUAGUAUUCGAACCUCGAACGACUCAAGUAAAAGCUAUAUCCCAUUUCGCACAUUGGGCAGUGAUACAUGGCAUCAUUAGCUGCCUCUUCACUCUGUGUACUAAAGGUCACCUUCCUGUGCAAAGAUCUUUCGGGGCCAACGGAGAUCCCUUGAAUCAAGAGCUUUAUAGAAUUCAGUUUGCGAUGCACAAUUGGUUAGAUUGGUGGAUGAAACGUCCCGAAGUCAUCGAAAAUACUCGAGAAGAGGCAGAACUACCUUUUAUGCAGAAUCCUCUCCCUUUCUACUGGCUUGGUCAAGUGGCUCUUAUGGCUUACCAGGAAAAUCUACCACCAUUCAAUGAUCAAGCAAAUUUGUCCAUGAAUUUGAGGAUGGAUGUUAGAUUCUGGCAGGUCAAAAAGUGGAUACGCCACAUUCGUUCUUUCCUAGCAGGAGCCCGUGGACAUACACCGACCAUACUUUGGGAUGAGCUAAUGAAUAUCCGCCUGCAGUCGUGGCAAGUUAGUUUAGAACAUCCUGCUAAAGACGAUCCCCUCGGGCUACUAGGUUUCUUUGUACAGUAG